AUGGGGAGCAGCAGUACUCCUCACGCAGCAGCAGGGCGAUUCCUUUACCUCCUCCUCGGCACUAGCAGCAGCAAGAACAUCACACACAGCCUUUUUUCUUCCUCCUCCAGAUAUCACCGUUACCGAAAUCCUCGCCGCGUGAUGUCCACAUCAUCAUCAAAAGAAUCAAACCAAUUCCAAUUCAGCUCCAAAAUUCGAAUUCCUCCGUCGCACGUGUUUUACGAAACGCCUCUCUCGUUUGCGUUCGUGAACAUAAAACCAGUCGUCCCCGGACACGUUUUAGUCGUCCCGAAACGAAUCGUGGAAAAGUUCGAGGAAAUGACCACGGAGGAAAUCACGGAUGUGAUGAGUACGAGUCAACGAGUGAGCAAAGGUAGAGAUGCCAUUUUGGUACGCACGACUGACCUUUACGUGACUUUCUCUUACUCUCUCUCUGUGUCUUGGACGAAAACAAUACGAACAGCGGUGAAGAAAAUCCACUCGGCGAACUCCAUGACGCUCACCGUCCAAGACGGUGAAGACGCCGGACAAACCGUGUUCCACGUUCACGUGCACGUCAUGCCGAGAAAACCGAACGAUUUCGCGAGAAACGACGACGUGUACGAAAAACUAGAAAAGUGCGAAGAGGAGGAACGGAAAGCGAGGAUGGACUUUGCCGAGGACGGAGAGGAACGAACCCCGCGAGGCGAGGAAGAGAUGGAGAAGGAAGCGACCGAACUGAGACGAGCGAUGACGAUGGAAGAAUCAUACUCCGUUUCAGAUGAAGAGAUUGACAACUAG